CUACCAUCAAGUUCAUCUACAUUCACUCUUGCUUGUGAUGUUGCACCAAAGAGCAGAACCUGCGUCAGUAUCGAGGCAAUGUGUGGCAGGCGCAGUCGUGCAAGGCUGAGGCGCACAGCCACGUCAGGCGCCCAGCGCCCUUCACAUGCCUGCCUUGUACUUUGUGUUGCCUUGAGCUGACAUACUAAUCUACUACAUAUCCGCCACUACAUACCAGCUGUACUCUCAUUCUCUACCAUUCACACAUCUAUCAGCAUGGCCCAUCACACGCAAGGACUCGUCGCCCAACACCCGUUUAUAAUGGCCACAACAAUCGACAAAAUAUACGGCUGCAUCAUCGGCUCUGCUCUGGGCGACACAAUCGGUCUGUACACGGAGUUUCUCUCGAAAGCGCAUUCUGCCAACGCGUAUCCAGAAAAGAGCUUUACCCUCAUUGAGCCAAGAACAGAGCCGUAUCCGGAUGCCCAUCGCCUCGAGUUUGAGCCCUGCGGGUGGACAGAUGACACCGACCAAGCUCUGCUGAUAAUACUUUCUUACCUGUACAUCCAAAGCAACAAAACCAAUGCAAAUUUGGGACAGGAGUUCGCUGCGCGGCUACAAAUUUGGGUGUCUCGAGGUCUACCCGCACUUGACCGUCCCGCAUACGAUGUCGGCAUCCUCGUUGGAAGGGUUGCUAACAGCCAUCGAUUCUUGAAUGACCCUUUCAAAUGCGCUGUCGAUUGCUGGACUGACUCGUCUCGAAAAUCCGCACCUAAUGGAAGCCUGAUGCGCACGCACCCGAUCGGCGUCAUUGGAGUAAAUCUGACAGAAGAGCAGACGUGGCGCCUGAGCGUUCAAGUCGGGAGGACAACACACGUAGAUCCGCGAUGCGUGGUCUCGUGUUGUAUCUCUGUAGGUGUGAUCCGUCAAUUGCUGCGAGGCCAGAUUCAGACCGAGAAGGAUAUGAACGCGGCGAUUGAACGGGCGUACGACUGGGUACGCCAGCAGCCUGAUCUAAUGAAUCCUGGUCAAAGUACCGGCCUGACUGAGGCUCAAAUCCGACAGCACUUAGGGCGUCAAGAGUUCGAGAAGCACGUGUACGCAGAGACUCUAAAGGAGCUUCAACUGGACGACCAGUUCAAGAUUGGAUAUGUGUACAAGUGCCUGGGAUCAGCCAUUCUUCUUCUGCGACUCGCGAUACGGCGCACAUCCGGAGCAUCUGUAGCUGUUUGUAUGAUGGAGAGGGCACAACUGUUCGAGAAGCUCAUGGUAGAACUGAUCAUGGAAGGCGGGGAUGCCGACACCAAUGGUGCUGCUGCUGGUGCCCUUCUGGGUGCGCAUCUUGGCUACGCGAACUUACCUGCGCAUUGGAAGCUGGGCUUGGCGCACAAUGAAUGGCUCAUGGCUAAGACUGAGCGUCUAGCAAUUGCAGCGGGAGCUAUCGAUGGUUCUUUGCACCGGAUAAAGGAUGAAGCAGCUGAUGGCGGCAGUAAGACUACCAAGAAAACGUAGCUUUCUCAUCACAUCAAUUCAUUCGAGGUGAACAUCAUACAAUCGAGGAUAACUAGAU